AUGGCGUUCUCGUGCCUAGGCAAGACAUCUAAAAGCGAUGAUGAGGUGACCGAGGCUGGCUCUUCGGGCGCCUUCAAAGUUGAGGCCGAGACCAAGGAGCCGAGCUGCGAUUGGAAGUUGAAGACUUACUUCUGUAUUAUUGGCUGCGUUGCUCUUCUCGGUUGGAACUUCAUCCUCGGUGAGCUUGGCGCUCUAAUUGACGCUUUUGGUGAAGCAUAUGGAACUUGGGUGUCUCUUUGUUACUCCUUCUUCAUUAACUGCGGUCAAUUGUUGUUGGUGUAUAUGGGUAACCGAUUCAAGUUUGGACCGCGUUUUUACAUUGGUUGUGGCGGUAUGGGUAUUUCCCAGAUUCUUCUGGCUAUCUGUGCUGCUACCUGGGCCCAACAGAAUCGAGUGCUCGGAUUCGUGUUUGGUUGCGUCUUUGUUGGUAUAUUUGGUUUCGCCAAUGCUCUUAUGGAGUCCUCAAUGUUUGGUCUGGCUGCUCUGGUCACUUCUGAGUGUACCGAGUGGAUUAUGAUUGGCGAGGGUAUCGCUGGUCUUCUGGCUUGGCCCGUAGAUAGACUCUGCCAGGCUAUUCUGGUUGGCUGUGGUGUUACUGAUUAUAUGUACCCCCGUAUGAUCUUUUUCUACGGUCUGGCCAUGUUAGCCAACUUUGCGUGUAUCCCUAUGUACAUGUUUGGUGUACAGAGUCAUCCCUUCAUGCAACCUGUAUAUAAGAUCGAAGAAGAUAGAGUUAAGUUCCAGAUGAAGAAGACGAUGAAGCGCCCCACGAGCAAGGUCAUCAAAGAUAUCGUACCCAUGGCUAUCAAUGUAUGCGCUGAUUUCACAAUUAGUUUUGUGGUAUUCCCCUGGACUAUCUUCCAGAUGGUCCCAUCAGCCAUGUCAGCUGAUCAGUUUGGUCAGCUUAUGACAUACUGCUUCCAAGUCUUUGAUACCCUGGGUAGAUUCUCCCCGAAUCUCCAUUUCUGCAUCAGUAAGAAGAUCAUUCGUUACGUGUCUUUCGGUCGUCUGAUCUUCAUCGCGCUGUUCUUCCUCAACUUCAGCGUCGAUGUGCCUCCGUUCCACUCCGAUUGGUGGCGGUUCGUUAUCAUGGCGUUCUUCGGUUUCACCAACGGCUCUGUUGCUACUUGGUGUAUGAUUUACGGUCCUCAACAGGUUGAUCAGAAUGAGAAGGAAGAGCUUGAAAUUGCUGGUUACGUUAUGGCGUUCGCUCUCAUUCUUGGUAUUUUCGCCGGUUCUAUUAUCGCUACGAUUAUACAGCAGUGUGCCUAUAUGUAA